AUGAUCGAGCAUGUUGUUCUCUACAAAUUCAAACCCGAAGCUGAGCCAUCUCAAAUCACCGCGUUGAUGAACGGCCUUAAUGACCUUAUCUCAAUCAACCAAGUGGUCCAUCUGAGCGCAGGUCCACUCCAGAGCACACGAUCCUCCUCAUUCGCCUUCACUCACAUGCUCCACUGCCGCUACAACUCGAAACAAGAUCUCAAAGCAUAUGCUGUGCACCCCGCACACGUUGGCCUCGUCAGAAGAACAACUAUUGUCGAUGACAUCAUGGCUAUCGACUGGAUCGCGGAGGAUGUGUCAGCCCUGGCUCCUGGCUCUGUUUCCAGAGUCAUGUUUCUCAAGUUGAAGGACGGUGUAGCGCAGAAAAAUUAUGUGUUAAAUGUGAUCAGGGAAGUUGGGAGUAAGUUGAGUUCAAUUCGUGAGUUUAGCUUUGGUGAAAACUUUUCUCCUGAUCGAGCUAAAGGAUUUUCAGUAGCUAUACUGAUGGUGUUUGAUGCAGUGGAGGUAUUGGAUUCGAAUGUAGAGGUUCUGGAUUUGCUAAAUGAGAAAUUAAGUGAUUUAUUAGAGGAUGAUUUGGUGGUUGAUUGUAUAAUAGGAACUCCACAGCCUGGUUCAGGUUCUAGUUGA